UUGUAGCUAGCUAGCCAGAGGAGAGGCAAGAAGAGAGACCAAGCCCUGGGAACAGAGGUCCGUCGCUCUACAUCAAAAAUACACUUUAUUUCGUUCCUCACGAUUGUGUGCUCUGGCUACGUAUUCGGAGGCGACAGUAUAGGAUGCAGUGAAGGUGUGGCAGGUGGAUGUGUGCAGGUUGUCCACGCGUCGUGUACCUGGAGUCCGAUUUGAGGAGGUCCAGUCCCGUGUGAGCGGCAGGCCUCCCUGUGAGCCGGAGUCUGUGUCCAAUCGGUGAUCUGCCGGGGAGAGAGCAGCUGCUGCCCGCCCACUACCUGACCCCCCCCCCGCCCCCCCCCGUCACCGCCACCAUGGUGCUGUCACAAAGACAACGAGACGAACUAAAUCGAGCAAUAGCUGAUUAUCUUCGUUCCAACGGAUAUGAAGAGGCAUACUCAGUUUUCAAGAAGGAGGCGGAAUUAGACAUGAAUGAGGAAUUGGAUAAGAAGUAUGCUGGGCUUUUGGAAAAGAAGUGGACCUCAGUCAUCAGAUUACAAAAGAAGGUGAUGGAGUUAGAAUCAAAGCUGAACGAGGCCAAGGAGGAGAUCACUUUAGGAGGCCCUAUCGGACAGAAGCGAGACCCCAAAGAGUGGAUCCCCCGUCCCCCAGAAAGAUACGCCUUGAGUGGGCACAGGAGUCCAGUGACCAGGGUCAUCUUCCACCCCGUCUUCAGCGUCAUGGUCUCAGCCUCAGAGGAUGCUACAAUAAAGGUGUGGGACUAUGAGACAGGAGACUUUGAGCGCACUCUGAAGGGCCACACGGAUUCAGUGCAGGACAUCUCCUUUGACCAGACUGGAAAGCUCUUGGCCUCCUGCUCGGCAGACAUGACCAUUAAACUCUGGGACUUCCAGGGCUUCGAAUGCAUCAAGACCAUGCACGGACAUGACCACAACGUGUCGUCUGUAGCCAUAAUGCCCAAUGGAGAUCAUGUAGUAUCUGCUUCUAGAGAUAAAACCAUUAAAAUGUGGGAAGUGGCCACUGGGUACUGUGUGAAGACGUUCACUGGGCACAGAGAGUGGGUUCGCAUGGUCAGGCCCAACCAGGAUGGCACACUGAUCGCCAGCUGCUCUAACGACCAGACGGUCCGCGUUUGGGUGGUGGCCACGAAAGAGUGUAAGGCGGAGCUGCGGGAGCACGAGCACGUCGUGGAAUGCAUCUCCUGGGCCCCCGAGAGCGCCCACCCCACCAUCUUAGAGGCCACAGGCUCAGAGACUAAGAAGAGUGGGAAACCUGGACCCUUCCUGUUGUCUGGCUCCAGAGACAAGACCAUUAAGAUGUGGGACGUCAGCACUGGGAUGUGCCUUAUGACAUUGGUUGGCCAUGAUAACUGGGUGCGUGGCGUUCUCUUCCAUCCUGGAGGAAAGUUCAUCGUGAGCUGUGCUGAUGACAAGACUUUGCGGGUGUGGGACUUCAAAAACAAGCGCUGCAUGAAGACUUUGAGUGCCCAUGAACAUUUUGUUACCUCUCUGGAUUUCCACAGAGCUGCUCCGUACGUGGUCACAGGGAGCGUAGAUCAAACAGUAAAGGUGUGGGAGUGUCGCUGAUCAGACCUGCAGGACCCCGGCCCUUCCAAAAAAAAGAAAAAAGAAAAAAAAAAAAAGUUCCGCAAACCUCCUUAUCACCCAUCCCCUGACCCAUUACACACCCACACACACGCACACACAUAGACACACACACACACCCCCACCCCCGCCCCUUUGCCCUGUCCCCACACCCUCCUCCGUCUUCUCUGGAUGCACUCAGCCACCAAGGAUAUCACCCACCAAGCUCUGGUCCAAUAACUAUUGUCCUUUUAUGUAAAUUAUUCUGGAUGUAGAUUGAGCUAUUAAAUGUUACACAAAAAAAGUAUUCUUGCAUGGUGAAUCCAAAAUUGUAUACUGUAAAUUUACAUAACGUUGUCUAGAAGUACCAUAGGUUAAACACGGGCUGAACCUUCACUCUGCCUUACCUACCAAAAGGCAGGUGUUGACUGGGUUAAUGUAGGGCACGAAACUGAUAAUUUAAUGACAGUGUCGUUCUUACUCGUCUGGUUUAUUUUUGUCUGUCAAAAUCUUUUCUUUCUUUC